AACAUAACACAUUACAUUCCACAAAAAGUAACUAAAUAGCACAAUUUGUUAUUUUUUAAGGACUAAUGUGAUAUUGUACUGCAUUACUUUUAAUUAAUUAAUUUAAUAACUGAUGAGGAAUUUUAUAAGAAAAUUCAUAGGGACAUUUGUAAGACAAUUAUAAGACAUUUUGUAAGAAAAUGUGAAUCUGUAUGUAUAUUUAUAAUGCUCUGUUCCCUUAAGUUUCAUAGUACAAACAGUAGCCACCCUUGAGGCACCUGCAAAAGUCAUUUCUGUCUAUUCUGUACCAGCUGUGGCCUGAGAUCUCCCUGUCAUGAACUCAGGCCAAACAUCUACUGUCAUCUGCCAUCUCUCAUACUUCAAAAGGAAUGCAGUUAAUUAACAGAUCUGAGAUAUAUCUGGCUCUCCGCUAUCAGCACCUUGUUGCUGAUUCUUACAACAUUUUCAGUGUGACACCCUGUACAAACAUGUCAAAAUCAUGUCAUUAAAAAAGAUGAUUUUAAAAAAGGCUGAAAGUUCUAACUGGGAAUGAUUCCUAUAACAGAUCUCCAGCUGCAACCAGUAAUGCAUGGCAUGAUUGUGAUUGGGUUAGAAGCCUGUUUUUGCUCAUUUCAGACAGACUGUCAAGUCUGAUAGUGGUGGGGAUUUUCAGAGACUUUCUGCAGGUUACAUGCAGUUACACCAUAGAUGAUGACAAGUCUUUAUGAGUGAGUCACUGCAUCAUUCAAUCAAAAGAUUUCUAGGAACAAUACAAUCACAAUAAUAAGAAUAAAAACCCAACACUACAGUGUUCCAAAUCUGUGUGGUUUCCUUCCAAGGUCACGGUUACUGCAAAUAGUUUAGUUUGUGCUGCUGGCCAUGUUGGAGAUAUUCAAGGAUGUCAUUAUUUAAUGCUCUCUAAACUUUUGUUGUUGUUUUUUUAGCUGAAAGUGAAAGCAAUAUCAAAUCAUGGUUUGUAACAAUUUUUAAGUACAUCUUUUUUUGUAUCCACCAUCUGUUAGCCUUUUGUGAUUGCCGUCUUAUGAAGGAGUAACUAUGUUCAUCAAUCACAUUUCUGAUGGUAUCUUUUUGUCUUUUCAAGUAAAGAUACCUGUACAUCCAAAAACAAAUUAACCUGUAAAACAAAACAUAAUUUGCAUUUUGUCUUGUGCUAUUGGCAGUUUUUUAAAAAUGUUUACAAACCACUUGCAAAUUACUCUUUCUCUUUUUUUUUAUUUUCUAAAAGCCCUUUUAGCAGUGUUUCACACCUUAAUGUCAUUUAGCUCCUCCCUUUGAGCCGUACUAAAUGCUGUCAAUGCAUGAGUGACCCUCCACUGCAGUGAAGAAGAGGCAUGGACCGCUCCAAAACAACCACUUUCCCAUAGGAUUGAACAAUGUUUUAGGAAGAAUGUUUUCCUUCAAAUAAGACUCAAGGUUUCUGAAAGAGAUAUCUUUAUAACAGGAUUUCUGCAGUGUAACAGGUUAUUACUAGACACAUGCAAGUCUAAUGGCAGAAAGCAACAGGACCACUGAGGUUGCAGAACUUAUCUUGUGCAAUAAUGAAGCAAAUAUUUAUGAUUGCAAUCAAUCAGAUCCCAUGGGAUCUCAAAGCCCAAUCCCACUGACAGACGCCUGGCUGGUGCCAGUGUUUUUCAUCCUUAUAAUGUUUGUAGGUUUGGUGGGUAACUCAUUGGUCAUCUUUGUAGUCGUCAAAAACCAGCAGAUGAAAACUGUUACAAACUUCUACAUAGUUAAUCUUGCCAGCACAGAUAUACUUUUCCUGGUUUGCUGUGUUCCUUUCACUGCCACUUUAUACACUCUUCCUAGCUGGAUAUUUGGGGACUUCAUGUGUCGCCUGAUCAAUUACCUGCAACAGGUAACUGCACAAGCAACCUGCAUCACUUUGUCUGCAAUGAGUGUUGAUCGUUACGUGACUGUCUACCCUCUCCAGUCCCUCCGUCAUCGAACACCACAGAUGGCUCUGUCUGUAUGCACCACUAUAUGGAUAUGUUCUUUGCUGCUUUCAGUGCCGAUAGCGUUGUAUCAGCACACAGAGUCUUCGUUCUGGUUCGGUCCACAGACGUACUGCACCGAGGCCUUUCCAUCUCUCAUUCAGAAGAGGGCUUACAUUCUUUACUCCUUCUUGGCUGUUUACCUGCUGCCUCUGAUCACCAUCUGCAUGUGUUACACCUUCAUGCUGAAACGCAUGGCUCAAGCCACGGUGGAACCUGUAAAUGGCUGUAACCAGCUGCAGACGCCAGCAGAGCGGGUUGAAGCAGUGCGGACCAGAGUAUCCAGAAUGGUGGUUGUGAUGGUGCUGCUGUUUCUGCUCUGCUGGGGUCCGAUCCAGAUACUGAUUCUCUUACAGUUCUGUUCUGAAGACGUACACAGCUAUACACUCUACAAACUGAAGAUCUGGGCUCACUGCAUGUCCUAUUCCAAUUCCUCCAUAAACCCCGUCAUCUACGCCUUCAUGGGAGCCAACUUCAGAAAGGCCUUCAGAAGUGUGUUCCCUUUGAUCUUCAAAAGGAGCGCAAGAACAGCCCAGCCUCUCCCCACCUAUAACAGAGAGAUGAACUUUCUUUCAUCCGGACCCUAA